AUGGCGUCUCAAAUCAACUACAUGAAGUUUCUUCUUAUUGUUGCUGCACUUGUAAUGAUGGUCGCUGCUGCUUUGGCCGGAAAAACUUUCUCGGUUGAUUUUCCGGCAAUGAUGCAAGAUUCAUAUACGAGUUUGAAAGAAGUUUCACUAAAAGAUUAUGGUUCUUGGAAUCCGCCUCCAAAAGUAGCUGAAGGAGUACGUUUAGGACCGGUUCCUAGACCUCAUGACCAGCCUGGUCGUUAUCAUUGA